CCUAAAGGACCUGCUGCACCAGUCGCUAAAACUGUUUUUUCCUUCUUCUUGACACUCUGUCGAAUAACUGAUGCAGUCUAUAUGGUUUAUUUCCCAGUGUUUAUGACAAAUGUAACUGGAGUAAGUUCGCGGAUUCUUUGGAUACUGUUGCUUCGACGGAAUAUUAAGGAAUAAUGUGGAAGUAUUUCAGAUGCCAUGGUGGAUGACAUCCGACAAUGAACACAGAUUUUUAGAAGCAACUUCAAACUUCUCAACCAAAGGCAAAGUAAUUUGACAAUAGCUGUGUCCCUGAUGUCAAGACCUUAUUUCUCUACCCGAGGUCUUAAACCUCCUGUGGCACCUAAACCAACGCUAGCUGCUGAGGUGAGCCAAAGCAUUGUGAGUAAUGGACAAAUAACGUCCUCUGAUAGACUUGAACUGGAGCAGGACAAUGAAUCAGAGGUCACACAGGAUGAAGCCGAUGCAUCCAAAGCAAACUGUACAGAUGAUCAUGAGAAGAAGAACUUAUCAGACACAGAGAAUAAGUUCAGGAUAACCAAUCAUGACAUUAUUUGUUAUAAUGAAGAAUUACAGAUGGUAGUGGAUGAAACAAUGGGAGAGGAGGAAGAUAAAGAUGAUGCCAAUGCUUCUUUGAAUUUGGUUGAGGCCCUCAUUAAAAACACUGAUGAUAUUAGCCCAUCAGAGAAAACAGAAAAUGCUAAUGAUGUACUUGAGGACACAUGUGCAUGUUCUAAGAGUGAGACACAUACUAAAAAACAGCCUGCAGUUAAAUCGGCAGAGAGCAAAGACCCUCAAAGUCCAUAUGCAGAGAUUGAGGAUCUACCAUCAGGCAAUUGUGAGGAUCCAACAGUAUGCCUCCCUUAUUACACAGAACAGACUUAUUACAUUGAGAGGGAGUCCAUCCCUUGUGAGUGUUCUAUUGAUUGUGACAGUGAUCAGUAUGAAGAGGACACUAGUGCAAAGUGUGUACAUCAUGAGGCAGAAGAAGAUCUGGCCUUUAAUGAAACUGGACUUUCUUCAAAGGCUACAAACUGUAGUCAACCCUCACUAUGUGAGGAAUAUCCUUACAAUGUCAUUGGCACACUAGAUGAAAACAAUUCUUGGCAGGCUGAACGUGCUACCAAAGACCCAUCUGGACGGUUCAGGUUUGCAGAAGAGACAGAAGAUGCAUUUCAGCCCUACUCUGUAAUAGAGGUUCUGCCUGGUGAUUUGAUGUGCACCUCUGACCCAGAAGCAAGAUGUUCCAAUGAAGAGUCCAGCAAUGAGAAACCAAUAGACUCUAAGAACACAACAGAAGAGACAUCAAACCAAGAUCUUUACUACGUAUCAUCAAAUGAUGUGACAGAGUUAGAGGAGGAGCCAGCUAAAUUAGAAAAUGGGAUCUCUCAGUCAACAAAGCCUUCUAAGCAGGAGGGUAAAGAGAUGGGACAAAGUGAGGAAGUGAAUGACUAUGCUGAUAUUGAAGAGCAGUAUGCCGAUGACCAGCAAGUGGAGUGUGUGUCCUCUGAAGAUUAUGUGGAGAUAGGAGAUGAAGAUGAGCCUGUAAACAUGGACAGGAAAAGUAAGGGGAAAAGUGUGAGGGAACGAUCAACUAGACGAGAACAAGCCUUCUUGAGCCAGAGAAGCAGCUGCCAGCCACGUCUUAGACUUUGCAACAUCACCGUUCCAGUUGACCUGGAUUUUGGCAGAACUCCUGAACUUACCAACCGUGUGGUUUUUGCCCACACCACAGAAGCAUUUGAAGAGGACAUAGAAGAGCUGGACUGCCAUAUUGUGCCUUUCUUUGAGGAAUCAGACACAGAAAGUGAUGAACACAUUUAUGAGGAGGCUGGUUUCGACUCCGAGGGGGAGAACUUUAUCUCUCUCGACAGGAAGAGCAUUGUGACGAGAUCUCGCUCACUCUCCGGUAAAGUACCUGGAUAUGUUCCUGAGACUGUGCCUGAGGAAACUGGCACUGAAUACCAGACUCACGACUACUACACUUUAGCCUUGGACCAGAAUGGUGAUCCACAGCCCAAUCCUUCAGAUCAAACUGAGGCCAGUCAAAUUAAUUCCUCAUUGAAGCAAAGGCGUUUUCUUCCAUCUCCUCGGUCGCUUUCUGUUGAGGGUAGAGAUACACAGUUUUUAGUACACAUUGAGGGUGAGAAAUCUCCUAGAGAGGAAAGUAGAUUGCAAAGAAAAGAUGACACACUUUCGUUGCCUUGUGUCAUGACUUCUUCUGGAAGCUUUUCUCAAAGAAGUCACCAGUCCUCAAGUGGUGUGUCAACACCUACAUCUCUAGUCGAUAUCCCACCACCCUUUGAGUUAGCUUACAUAACUAAGAGGCCGGUCACCAAAAGCUCUCCAUCCCUUUUUGUUCAACAUGAAUGUCCUGACAACCCGAAAAAGAAGAAGACCUCAUUCAAACGUUUCUUUGCUCUGAAAUUUAGGAAAAAAGCGGAAAGCAAAGCCAGUGGAGAUGGCAGUGUUCGCUCCUCUAGGUCAUCAUCUGAGUCUAGCCACCAUGGCCCCAUUCGGGUGCUGGAUCUUGAUCGCCAUAGUACAAGUAGCUCCCCCCAGCUUCAGUCCCAUGUGACUAAGCCACAACGCAACUCAGAGUUACCUGCCACCUUUCUGCUUUACAAAGAGAGGCAAAGGAGGCAAGGUGCACCCAAGAGUUACAGCAACAGGGGUAUAGCCAGAGUUGAGUCCUUUGAGGACCGCUCUCAGCCCCCCUUCAUGCCUCUACCCCUCACUAAGCCUCGCUCCAUCUCUUUCCCUAGUGCAGAUACAUCUGACUAUGAAAAUAUUCCUGCAAUGAGCUCAGACUAUGAGAAUAUUCAGAUACCACAUGGGAGGCCCACUCGGGCAUUCACUAUUACUGAAUUCUUUGAUGAUCAGAAUCGAACAACAUCACCUGCCAAUGAAAACGAUGGGUAUGUGGACAUGAACAGCUUUGCCGGAAUAGAAAACAAGACCGCCAGUCAAGAGCAAGACACAGAAAGUGCCUACACUGAGCCAUUCCCUGUUUGUCCUGCGCCUGUCUCUGCAUCCAAUGAGGAAGACCAUGGACGCACCUCUGAGGAAGAGGAGGGCUGUGGAGACCUAUGCCAUGAUAGACAGAUUGAUGGGCGAUCCAGAGCCUACUAUGUUGCCAAAGACCUGGUGGAUUCAGAAAGAGAACACGUGAAGGCUCUGAAGAUUCUUCAGGAGGACUUUAUCGCAGCAGUGGCUGCAGCAGUAGGUGAGAAUGAAGAGCCUGUGAUAGAAAAGGGGAAACUAAACGAGAUUCUUAGCACUCUUCCUCAGGCCUACCAUCUGCACACUGAGAUCCUCAAUGAGCUGGAAACCCGCAUUAAACAGUGGGAGGACAGCCCGUCAGUGGUUGAUGUCAUAUUAACGCGGCAGGCAGAAUUUUCAGCCUUCGCAACCUACAUCUCAGACUAUGACCGCUGCAUAUCACUGCUGGAGGAGAGCUGUAGACAGUGUAAAGCUUUUGAGGAUUUGGUUAAACAGUUUGAGAUACAGAAUGCAGAAGGAGUUCAUGUUCCUCUGAAACAUCAGCUGCUGCGGGUCAUCAUGCGUGUGCUCCAGUAUCGCAUGCUGCUCACAGAUUACUUAAAUAACCUCUCCCCCGAUUCGAAAGAGUAUGAAGACACGCAAGCUGCCCUGGUAAUCGUGUCAGAGGUUGCAGACCAGGUUAAUGACAAUCUAAAACAUGGGGAGAACUUGCUUCGAUUGGUUCACAUUGACUACAGCGUGAGAGGCAAAAGAGACCUUCUUCAACCAGGAAGGGUUUUUGUCAAGGAGGGCACUCUGAUGAAGGUCUCUCAUAAAAGCCGGCAGCCCAGACACCUCUUCCUGAUGAAUGACGUAAUGCUGUACACAUACCCACAGCAGGAUGGCAAAUACCGAUUGAAGAACACACUCACUCUAAGUGGGAUGAAGGUCAGUAAACCUGUCAUAGACAAUGUGCUCAACACGCUCAGGAUAGAAGUCAAUGAUGUUACCAUCACCCUUUCAGCAAGUUCUUUAGGAGAGCGAGAAGAUUGGUUCCACACACUGAGCCGGGCUAUAGCAGAUCACGCCGCAGGUCUUAACACCUUCAGCUGUUCUAGUGAGGCGAGAGAAAAAUUGUGGAUGUCUUUAGGAGAGGCUGCACCUGUGCUGGUUCCUGUAUCACAUGUGAUGAUGUGCAUGAACUGCACAUCUGAUUUUAGCCUUACGCUGCGACGUCAUCACUGCAAUGCAUGUGGAAAGGUAGUGUGUCGUUCCUGCUCACGGAACAGGUAUCCACUGAAGUAUCUGAAGGACAGGAUGGCUAAAGUGUGCGACCACUGCUAUGCUGAGCUCAGAAAGAGAAGUGGUAAUUUUCUUGGAACAUGUGGGAGCACUAGUCCUCGCACACACCAGGGCAGCAGGCCUCUCUCUGCUGUGUUCCAAAGUCUACAGCCCCCUAGCCUAUGGAGAAACAGAAAGAGCACAUCACCUCUCACACAGGUGUCUGUUGGUGUAGAAGGGUCCACUAUGAGCGGCAGUCUGCAGAGACGCAAAAAAAGCAAAAGGAAGUGGAAGAGGCUGUGGUUCCUGCUCAAAGACAAGGUGCUCUACACCUUUAAAGCACGAGAGGAUAAGGUGGCAUCUGAAAGUCUUCCUCUUCAGGGUUUUACUGUAAAGCUGUCGGAUCAAUCAGAGGAAGAAGAUACAGACAGUGUUUUCCAGCUUUACCAUAAAAAAACCCUCUAUUACACCUUCAGAGCAGAUGACCAGCAUACUGCUCGCAGGUGGGUAAAUGCAAUGGAAGAGGCCACCGUGUUAUAGUAUCCACCUAUUUGCCCUGAUGACAACAUGACUUGGGCAAGGUUCUCAUCUCUCCUGCAGUUACAGACAGCUAAACCCAUUAUGGGCUUAAACCUAUGACAUCACAGUUGCCUGUGCCUGAGAAACCAGCAGAACAACACCAUGGAUACCUUUUGUUUUUAUCUUAAUAUUCUUUUUGGCUGCUGAAUUUAAGGAAUAAGUCCUUAAAUGUGCAUAGUGUCACACCAGGCAUGUCAUGCUUGGUGAUUUUUUUCACUUGUGAGCUGUGCCAAGAGGAGUCCAUGUAUGCCUCACCUACCUGACUUUAUAGACUAAUUGAAAAAGUGCCAAAUGUAGACAGUUCAGUUGCAGAGUGAUGUUACAGUCUGCUCAUGUGCUGUGAAUGAUAGUGCUAAGACUGCUCAUCUGUGUGGACAAUAAAAGAGAAUGUUAAUCUUUCUAUAUGCAGAUAACAUUCAGUGCAGUCAUUUUAUACACUGAUGCAGUGAAUUAUGUACAUUUAAAAUUAACUUAAGUACAAGACAUUUGUUAUAGUUUGGAUGAAUAUGAUAAACCUACACAGGUUUGUUAUAGACAGUGUAAAAUAUUUAGCAUGGCAUCCUACCACCUCAGAUAUCAAGAGUCCAUGUUUAAUAUGCAAUGGCACAGUGUGAUAUAUUUACAUGUUCAAUAUGGAUUUAAUACAAAAUUGUAGUGCCCAACUGAGGCAAGCUGUAUAAUUCACACAAAAUAGUCAAACAUUUCACAGUGUAAUAUAUUUAAUUUGUGGCUAUUUUAAGUCAUCCUUGUUAUUGGAUCUUAGUUAUUUUACAGUGGUGCUCCAGCUGACACUGUACCCUUUCAAAAAUACCAUGGCAACCAAAACUGUGGUAACUUUGUGGCAAUUAGCCAUUACUGUCAAAAAUAAAUAACUAAAUAAAAUGACAAUGAUUCUAAAACCUUCUUACACCUUUUUAAUGCUAUCCCAUGCGUUUAUUGCGAUUUUACAAUAAGUAGUACUGCUGUAUUUUGGCUAUGGUUACCAUGGUAAUAUUUGUGAGGGUAGUUGUAUUUUUAUGCCUAGAGAUGUACCAGCAUCAUUUCUUUUUGGCAUGUGUAUUUGUAGACCACAUUCAGUAAAACCUUGAUGCAAAUCAGUAUGCAUUUUUUGAACAUCAUUGGUUUAAAGUUUUAUUAAAAAUGAGAAAGUGCCAUAUACUUUAUCCACAAUGUAGACCUUUUCAAAAUGGCCUUUUAUCUAUUUUGAACCUCAGUAAUGCAGAACAUCGUGCUACUUUUCGACCAAACUGAUACCAGUUAUUUAAAUUAUGAAAGAAAUUCUGUGGCCCGGAAAAUGAGCUCAGAUAGGAGAAGCCUUUAUCAGGGUAUCUUAAACCAGUGGUAUCUACAUGAAUGCCAGUAAAAACAAACAAAACUGAGAACUUAAUGUUGCAGUGUUAUGUACUGAAUUUGAUUAUCUUGAGGGAUUAUAACUGCAUUGUCGAAAGUAUUGUGUUGUAAACAGGGACAUUGCUAGCUAUAAGCGGUCGCUUAGGGCCCCAGAGCCACCAGAGGGUGCCGCAAAGCAAGGUUGAGACCAUUCAUGAGUGGGCCUUAAUCCGGGGGGGUCGGGGGUCCCUUCAAGUAGGUUUUUCGCUUAGGGCCCUCAUAUGCUCAGGAAUUAUCCUGGUUGUAUAUAAUCAUCACACUGGAAAGAACGACGAGAUACAGUAUCAAGUGUUUGUCAAUGGCUUGUAGGGUCUAUGUUGUACUGUUGUACGUUGUAGCAUUGUACUGUUCAUUUUCCUAAAGUAGAUUGUCUUUAAAUGGCAAUUACCAGAGAUUUGUCUUUUUACAUCAUGAUGUUUCUUUAAAAUGUCUUUGAUAGUUUUGUUUUUUUAAACAGUUUUCUGUAAAACUCAUGUUUCAUGUCAAGUGCCAGUAUUCAUAUUCACAUAUUUGUAUCUGAUACUCAAAAGCACACCCCCUUGGCUUAGAGAGGAUGUUUUAUUUGUGGACUUUCAUCCCUUUUACUUGCAUUAUGGAAAUUAUAUAAAACUCUGCAUACAGAAGGAUCAAAACAUAUAAAUGUACAUAAUUAAAGGGAGGAAAAUGCAUCUUAUCUUUUUUUCAUUUUUGUAAACGGAAGCAGUCAGUGUUUUUUUUUUUCCCUUCCUCAUAAAAGCAGAAUUUUUAAUACUUAUUAAACUAUGUGUAUAUAUAUAUAUAUAUAUAUAUACACACAGUACUGUGCAAAAGUCUUAGGCACAUAAGAUGUCUCACAAAAGCAUUUAUCUUAAGAUGGUUAUUUUUAUCUUCAGCUUUCAUGUGUCAAUAGGAAAUAUAAAUAUUAGACUCACAAACAUUACUUUUGCAAAUAGAAAAGAUUAGAAUUGAAGAACAGGGAGCCCUGCAACAGAUGUCUUGGCCUCCAGAAAGCCCCCACUGUACAUUGUGUUGGUCUGAGAUUACAUGAAGAGACAGAAGCAAUUGAGACAAAAUAGAUAGAAGAACUGUGGUGAAUUCUCCAAGAAGCUUUUAACAUCCAACAACCAAGAAAAACCGUGUCCAGGUGUACCUAGGAGAAUUUGUGCUGUUUUAAAGGCAAAGGUUGUCACACGAAAUAUUGAUUUAGCUUUUAAUGUUUACUGGACUUUGUAAGACAUCAAGUGAUGAGUGAAAACUAUUUGUCAUUAUUUUUUAAGACAUCCUCACUAUGCACAGUACUGUAUAUGUAUAUAUAUAUAUAUAUAUAUAUAUAUAUAUAUAUAUAUAUAUAUAUAUGAUUUUUACUGCUUGCUCAAUUAACUUAAAAUGAUCUAAUGCAACACAAUUCCUUAGCAUUUGGUCUCAAUUUAAUUUCAUUGUGUUCGAAUGUUCACUUAAUCCAAUUGUGUUAAGACUAUGUGAAUAAUAUUUGUUGCAUCAACGUAUCGCUGAACCUGGGCAGAGGAUGUUCAGUUCUCAGCAUGCUUUGCAUGGGAAUGGAUUGGAGGAGUGAAGUGGUUUUUUAUGUAUUUCUAUGCAAAAUUAAACAAGUAGGAGACUUGUUAGUGUUUAAUGUUCUGUUGUGUUGGGAUUUAGAAGAGUUGUCAUGUUGAUUGUUUUUAGAGGUUACCAUUGUGGAGAAGAGUAGAGCUAAUGGUUAGGUAGGUGUUGCACAUUACUACUGUUAAAUCAGUGUGUAUUGAUGUUUCUCUAGCAAAUAUUGCAGGAUCUGUAAACUAUCUGCAGCACCUUGUCAUACAGUACUAAAAUAGUAAUUUAUGUUUUGUUACACAAAGUAUUUAAGUAGAGCUAUCAUUUUAAUGUUGUAUCAAAGAAACUCAUUUUUAUGAAGCAAUGUCCGACAAUUUCUUUCUUUCAGUGUAGGUUAUGGGUGCUAGACAGAAUGUCUG